AUGUCCAGUAAACGGGCCAAGGCCAAGACCACCAAGAAGCGGCCACAGAGGGCCACAUCCAAUGUGUUCGCGAUGUUUGACCAGUCCCAGAUCCAGGAGUUUAAGGAGGCCUUCAACAUGAUCGACCAGAACCGAGACGGCUUCAUCGACAAGGAGGACCUGCACGACAUGCUGGCCUCGAUGGGGAAGAACCCCACAGACGAGUACCUGGAAGGCAUGAUGAGCGAGGCCCCGGGGCCCAUCAACUUCACCAUGUUCCUCACCAUGUUUGGGGAGAAGCUGAACGGCACAGACCCCGAGGACGUGAUCCGCAACGCCUUCGCCUGCUUCGACGAGGAGGCCUCAGGUUUCAUCCAUGAGGACCACCUUCGGGAGCUGCUCACCACCAUGGGCGACCGCUUCACAGAUGAGGAGGUGGACGAGAUGUACCGAGAGGCGCCCAUUGAUAAGAAAGGCAACUUCAACUAUGUGGAGUUCACCCGCAUCCUCAAACAUGGCGCCAAGGACAAGGAUGACUAG